UGUUCCCCAGCCCCCUCUUCAAGUGCGGCCCAAACCGCUGUUCUGCUCCCCCCUGCCCCUCCUCUCUGCACAGCUGGGGCCACCUGGCACUUUCUGGGAGGCAGGGAUUGAGAAAUGUGCAUUGUGAGGUCUGGUGGGGAGGGUAUGUCAUUGGCCCAGGGCCACAGGUCAGCCCCAGGGGCUCAGCCCCUGGUCCUUAGCCUUCUCAAAAGAAGCUGGAGCAGUGUCUUCCUGGCCUCCCCAUCUGCACCCCACUGGCAGCUCUCUGAAUUCCCAGGCCAGAUGGACGCCAGGCCUUGGUCAGACAGACCUCAGGUCUCCAGCCCGCUUCCCGCCCCCAGGAGAUCUCACCCCAUUCAGGGAGUGACACCAAGCCCUCCAGAUGGAGCUUCCUUCCUGUUCAGAGCUCUUGCCUCUCUCUCCUUUCUCUCCUGUUUCCUGGUCCCACUCACUGGCAGGCCUACCACUUUUAGAUCCUUGAUCUUGUUGCAUCCUUGCAACUGCUAUGAGAGUAGGGCAUGAUCCAUUAUCCCGUUUCAUACAAGAUGAUCCUGAGGUUCAGAGAGGUUAAGAGAUUGUUUCAAGGCCACACAGCCUAGCAGGAAUUCAGGCCCAGACCUUCCUGACUCUGAGUCCAGGGCUCCGUGUCCUGUCCCCAACCCAAAGUCUUGCUCAUGUAGUCACCCUGGCUGUCACCCUUUACAGACAAUGCCUCCGACAAGGAUUUGGCAGACCUGGUCUCUGAGAUGGAGGUGAUGAAGCUGAUUGGCCGACACAAGAACAUUAUCAACCUGCUGGGUGUCUGCACCCAGGAAGGGCCCCUGUACGUCAUUGUGGAGUGUGCCGCCAAGGGAAACCUGCGGGAGUUCCUGCGGGCCCGCCGCCCCCCAGGCCCUGACCUCAGCCCUGACGGGCCUCGGAGCAGCGAGGGGCCACUCUCCUUCCCUGCCCUGGUCUCCUGCGCCUACCAGGUGGCCCGGGGCAUGCAGUACCUGGAAUCACGGAAGUGCAUCCACCGGGAUCUGGCUGCCCGCAAUGUGCUGGUGACCGAGGACAAUGUGAUGAAGAUCGCUGACUUUGGGCUGGCCCGCGGCAUCCACCACAUUGACUACUACAAGAAAACUAGCAACGGCCGCCUGCCUGUCAAGUGGAUGGCACCUGAGGCCUUGUUUGACAGAGUCUACACACACCAGAGUGACGUGUGGUCAUUUGGGAUCCUGCUGUGGGAGAUCUUUACCCUCGGGGGCUCCCCAUACCCUGGCAUCCCAGUGGAGGAGCUGUUCUCGCUGCUACGAGAGGGGCAUCGGAUGGACCGGCCCCCACACUGCCCCCCAGAGCUGUAUGGGCUGAUGCGUGAGUGCUGGCACGCAGCACCCUCUCAGAGGCCCACUUUCAAGCAGCUGGUGGAGGCACUGGACAAGGUCCUGCUGGCCGUCUCUGAGGAGUACCUCGACCUCCGCCUAACCUUUGGACCCUACUCCCCUGCUAGCGGGGACGCCAGCAGCACCUGCUCCUCCAGCGACUCUGUCUUCAGCCACGACCCCCUGCCCCUGGGGCCCAGCCCCUUCUCCUUCCCUGGGGUGCAGACAUGAGCAGCGGCACAAAGUUGUAUGGGCAGGCCGGCCAGCAGCCUUGGGCCUCCUGGCUGAGCCGCAAGCUGGUGGUGCUUGACCUUGGCACCCCCAGGCCCUGACCUAAAGGUACUGUCCCAGAUCUCUGGUUCUGCUUUGGGGAGGUCUGUCUUUUGUCCUGGGGUCUCUAGUUGAGACUCCUGCUCUGGCCUCUGGGUCUCAAGCCAGAGUUCAACCCCAGUCUCAAGGCCUUGCCCUUGCCUUGGAGUCACGGCCGCAGUGUUCUAAUGGCUUGUUAAGGUUCUGCUUGGCCUCCUGGGCCUUGGCACUCGGUCCUUGUUCCAGGGCUUUGGUUGGACCUGGCUGUAGGGCUGUCCUAAAUCUCCCCACUUUCCUACACCAAGAAAGGUCUUGGGCCUCUGAACCCCAUUUCCCUAGGCCUCCCCUGCCUCCCCGCUGCUGCUUAUCCCAGCAUCUCGGUGGAAGGAGCACUGGCCCCUUUGCUAGAUGAGAGGCGGGAAGCCUGCCAAAACACAGAAGCAAAUGGCCUUUUAUAAAUUAUUUUUUUUUGCAAUAAA